GUGAUGGAGAUGUGCUCUCAGAUAUUGCUUCAGGAAAAGCGGGUCACGCAGAGGAAGCUCUUCUACAAGUUGCUCUAUAAUUCGCCACAGUUGUUUCCCUCUCAAACGCAUGUUAACAGGACAAUCCAAGAUUGCAAGGGAGGUGUUGGAUGCAGCUGCUAGGAUUAUUAAGCUUGUUGUGAUGACUGAUGAGAUUGAUAGAGUUGUUCAUGAGGCAACUAAUAUAGCAAAAACAUCACUCACAUUAGAGGGAAUUGUCUAUGUUGUUGACAAAGAGUUUUCUAAACAAUGGUUCUACAAUCCGUUAAUCAUUUUGUUAUUUGUAUUGAAGAGAUACAAUAAUGAGUCAUGUAAUGAUUAUUUCUUGUUUGGUUUAUAAA